AUGGACCCGGUGGCUGAUGAGAAGGCAUUUUUUGGUGAGCAUCCUAAAUACACAGAGAAUGGCUUCUUCAUUACUGGAGAAUCAUAUGUUGGGCACUACAUUCCUGCUUUUGCCGCUCGAGUUCACCAAGGGAACAAAGCUAAAGAGGGGAUUCCUAUAAACUUCAAGUACCAAGCAUAUACAGAUUACGCAUUGGACAAUGGAAUAAUUCAGGAAUCUGACUACAAGAGUAUUAACAAAUUGCUUCCAGCUUGUGAAACGAGCAAUACUAGUAAUGCUGCUGCUGCUACUCUCAUCGUGUUGCUCACUCCCAAUGAUAAGAUUUUAAAAAUGUCAACUCAAAUGAACUAUGCCGCCCUUAUCAAAGACCAUGUUUUGACCGGCCCUAACUAUGUUGACUGGAGGAGGAACAUCAUGUUUCUCCUGUCUGCGAAAGGUCUAAUGUCUGUCCUGGACGAAGAUGAGCCUGAAUUCCCUAAUGAGGAGAACCUUGAAUCGAAGUCUGCCUAUGAGUUGUUUCGACAGAAAAACUCUAAGGCCCAUAUAGCAGCGGACUUCGAUGGGGCGUUGACGAGAAGGUCGUCGCUUCAACAGAAAGAAGAAGUGGAGGCCGGGGGCCCAUGCCAGGCAACAAACCCAAUAGACAGCUGCUGGAGGUGCCAGGCCAACUGGGAGAUGAAUCGAAAGAGUUACGCCAAGUGCGCGUUGGGGUUCGGCAGGAAGACUAGGGGUGGCGAGAACGGCCGCAUCUACGUCGUCACUGACCCCUCCGACAGCGACAUGGUCAACCCAAAGAAUGGCACCCUCCGUUACGGUGUCAUCCAGAAGGAGCCACUCUGGAUCAUCUUUGCCCACGACAUGACCAUCCGCCUCACCCAGGAGCUCAUGAUGACAUCCAACAAGACCAUCGACGGCCGUGGCGCCAACGUUCACAUCGCCAAUGGCGCUGGUAUAACCAUCCAGUUCGUCCACGAUAUCAUCAUCACUAACCUCCACAUCCACGACAUCAAAGCCACCAACGGCGGCGAUAUCCGUGAUUCCGUCGAUCACCACGGUCAGCGCACCGCUAGCGAUGGCGAUGGUAUUAACAUCUUCGGAUCCACCAACAUCUGGAUCGACCACUUGUCCAUGUCCAAUUGCAAGGAUGGACUCAUCGACGCCGUCAUGGGUUCCACCACCAUUACCAUCUCCAAUAACUACUUCUCUAGCCACGAUCAUGUGUUGCUGUUAGGAGCAAAUGACACCUACGCCGAUGACGAGAAGAUGCAGGUCACCGUAGCAUUCAACCACUUCGGGCCAGGAUUAGUACAGAGGAUGCCCAGGGUCCGAUGGGGAUUCGCCCACGUGGUGAACAACGAUUACACCCAUUGGGAAAUGUACGCCAUUGGUGGCAGCACACACCCAACCAUCCUCAGUCAGGGCAACCGCUUCGUCGCUUCAGAUUCAUCGACAGCCAAGGAGGUUACCCAUAGGGAUUACGCAACCCAGGACGUGUGGAAGAACUGGAACUGGAGAUCUGAGGGUGAUCUAUUGGAGAACGGUGCCAUCUUCGUCCAAUCUGGAUCCCCAUUAAAGGAGUCCUUCUCCAGCGAAGACAUGAUCAGCCCAAAGCCCGCCACCUCUGUCCCCGAGCUUACUCGCUUUGCUGGUGCACUCAACUGCACGGUUGGCAAGCCUUGCUAAUUUGGUGGUUCUUCUUCUUCUUCUUCAGACAUUUCACCUUAGUAGCCUACCAUGCUUAAACAAAGGAGCAACUGUGUAGGUGUGUAGGCC